AUGAAGCGCGCUAUUGCUCUUUUCUUUGCUAUUCUUGCCAUCGUUGCUGUUGCAACUGCUCAGAUGACUAUUAACGUAGGAGAUGGUGGUCUAAAAUUCAACCCAGCCACAGGCAGCGUCCCCGCUGGUUCUAUGAUCAUGUUUAAAUGGGUUAGCGCUAACCAACACAGUGUUGUUCGAACUGACGACGGCACAACUUGCACCCCAUCAACAGUAAAUGUCUACAAGGGUGGUCCAGCAGCUCAAAUGGGUUUCACAUCAAAUUUCACAGUCCCCAAUAAUGUCGACAAGUUGUGGUUCAUCUGUGGUGUCCCUGGACAUUGUGAAGCAGGAAUGAAAUUGGUUCUCACGGUUACAGGUGGAAGUGGAGGCAGCACUAACUCAAGCAGUGGUUCAGGUUCCCCUACUAGCACCAGCGCCGGUUCUAGCCCCACCACCGGUAGCGGUAGCGGUUAUGGCAGCUCUGCUUCGACCCUCGGUGCAACCUUCGGCACACUCUUCACCGCCUUGGUUGCUUCUCUCUUGUUGUAA